GCGUUUUCUCGUCACCACUGUCCCCGUCGACGCCCAGCGCGCCGUUCCAUCAUCUCAAAAUCUAUUCGCACACUCCGUGCCUCCUGCUAGCCAUUCAGUAUGGUGCGCGCUCCCGUACCUUUCCGGCUCGCUCAGGCGAUGCGCGUCCGUCGUAUGCCCGCGCAGCAGCAGCGUUUUGCCUCUAGCUCGUCGGGGAGCAGCGAGAAGGCUCAGGAGACGUUGGCAAAGGUACAGCAGUAUGCUGGAUCUGCUGUUGAGGUGGCCAGAAAGGUGUUGGGUCCUGUUGGAGAAAAGGCCGGGAAUGCGCUUGGAACGUACCGGCAACCUAUCCUAUACAACCUGUCUGUCGCACGCGAAUUCCUAAAACAAGUUUACGUCGCAGAACGUCUGCAGCCCCCGACAUCCCUCAACUCAGUAGUCAACGCAUACUCGACGCUUUGGUACCGUGCGGGAAAAGCGUCGUACUGGCGCGAACUACUACAGUCGGGCGAGUGGGCAAAGAUCGGUGUGUAUGCGGUUGAGGCGUACGGUAUCUUCAAGAUCGGAGAGAUGGUUGGUCGUAGGAGUCUGGUUGGCUACAAGGUGGAAUAGAGGGGCUUUCCAUCGCAUAUUGUGCAGGGGCCGUCCUUCGUUUGAAUGCUAUGUGCCCUCCUGUAGAGUCGAUAAUCAUAACGGAUUCC